GAUUGGGAACCACUGGAGUAGAAUAUCCCAUCCCUUCACCCCCAGUACCGAAACAUGCAUCUUGCAACACGUCACCUGCAAUGUUACCAACGGUCUACAAACAACACGAACAGCUCGGUGCGUCUUCGUGUCAUCGCACUCUUCGGCAUCGUCUGGACCACGACUGCGGUGUCACCACUGAGCACAGGUCAAUCGUAAGUAGUCGGUCGAUCAGGUAAGUCCAACAUGCGGUUUUGGGCGAUUCUCUAAUGCGCCGGUUCAGACUUUCACAAUGGCUUCCGUGACAGGCUUGUUUCUGCAUUGCAGCAGAAACAAAUAAUCCAACAUCCUACUAGAAUUGGCUGCAAAAGAGAAUCGCCCAUGAAAAUCUUGCAAGUUUGGACCGCGAGUGAAAAGUAAAACCUGGGUGUUUUUUGGAUAAAAAUUUUCAUUGCAAUUUUUUCGUUGUGCAAAAUUUUCGGUAACCGCGUGCUGCGCUCCUUUUUGCCACGCCAUCUUGGAACACAGGAAAAGUGAUCAAAAAAAUUUGUUGGCGGUCAUCGUUUUCAGCACGGUUUGCGAGUUUCGCGGGCUUCGACAUAUUGGAAUACGUGUAAGAAAAAAGUGAAAGAGAAGAAAUAUUGGUGUUCGUUAUUUUACGUUAGCAUGUUCGGGGAUCUUGGCGUACUAGAAUCUACGAAAAAAAAAAAUAAGUGUGGGGGUAGUUCUUGCGAAUAAUAUCGCAUCAUUGUGGAACCCGUGCAUAUACGUCAUCUUGGAAUGAUAGAAAAGUGAAGGGCAGACCCUUGUGUAAUCAUUAUUAAAGUCUGCGAGUUUGGUGCGCGCUACAUUGGGAAAGUGAAAUCAGAAAAAUUAGUGAAAAAAAGAAGGAAAAGCCCCAAGAGCUGCUUUGCUUAGAUUUUUUGUUUUUGCGUAUUUUGUGUUUCCUCAUCCUUAUCCGUAGCGGCUAAUGGGGAGAGUGAAUUAUUUUGUAAUCAUUUCUAUGACCAGGAUCGUCGAUUUUCUAGCGCUGAGCCAUUUUGUGGAUACGUGUAAAGUGUGAUAGGAGAACACGUGCGAGAACACUGACGUUCGACAUCAGUAUUACAACUGGGAGGAGUGGAAUUAUCUUGUGACGUUGUGAAACUGACCCGGAGAAGUGCACCAAGGUAAGACAAACUUUCUCAUACGUUCGCUUUGGAACUGAUAACAUCAAAUGAAGGAUUCUGAUGUCAUUCGUUAUUUUCUUUAAAUGGUUUUAGCAUGAAAAGAGCUAACCACAUACAGGGGUGAUGUGAUUGAGUUUCGAAAUUUUCUUAACAGCUACGUGAAAUGGUCAUAUCAAUAGAACUUUUCAUAAAGUGGACAAGAUACAGUAGAUGUUCACUUAAUGAUGCAAAGGUUUAAACUGUAGCAUUGUUUUAACUUUGAGCGUAUUGCCAUCGCCAAAAUAAAAACGCCAACAGAGUUGCGAUGUGUUCCAAAUGCAUUGUUUGUUGCAGAGCGAAGUUUUUCCAAUGAAUUUUUUGACUAAACUGACAAAUACUUGUUCUAGAUUACAGUGUUUGUCUAAAGCAUAUUGUGGCAAUGGUUUCCUCUAUAUCGGUAUUCACAGCAUUGUAUAUGGAUGGGAACGUUGCGAAAUACAGUAAAUAUUUUCUGUUCAGCUUAUGUUAGCUGACUAUGGUAGCAAAAAAAAAAUAAAAAAAUAGGCCUCCAUUUUUUUUUUUUUGCUUCUUGAAGGCUAUAUACAAUUCUUGGUAAAGCGUCAAUAUAACGCUAAAGGUUUUCAGUAUAUCUGUUAAAAUUAUGUGUUAUUCUUAAAUAUGUUUUUAUAUGAACCGUUAAUGCGAAAUUACAGGCACGGUAUGACUACAUAUUGACGAAUGUAAUGACUUAACUCGGUUAAUGUUCAAUGCCUCUGUACGACUAUACAUGAAAUGGUUCAGUACGACCCUGGCUGAUGAGUGAAAUGAUUUGGCACAAUCAUUGAAAAUAUUAAAUGGUUCGGUACGACCAUUGAUACAUGAAAUGAUUCGGUACGAUCAUUGUCGAACUUGAGAUAUGGUGCGGUACGACCAUAAUUGAGAAUAAUGGUUCGGUACGACCAUUGAUGAAUGAAAUGAUUUGGCACAAUCAUCAAAGAUACAGAUGGUUCGGUACGACCAUUGAUACAUAAAAUGAUUCGGUACGAUCAUUGUUAACUGUAAAAUAUGGUUUGGCAUAACCAUGAUUAAAUAAAAUGGUUCGGUACGACCAUGAAUAAAUCUUUGUCAUAUGAAAUAGUGAGGUACGCGUAUGACGCAUUCAUUAAAGGGACUCUGAAUUAUAAAAAAAAAUGCAAAAAAAAAAUGUUAAAAAGGUUAUACCGCAUGCGGCUGAAUAGACAGAAUUUACUCACACUUCAAAAGAGGUGUCUGAAUGCUCUUGAUGAAUUUAUUUGCAAACUUCAAGAACAGAGCUGAAAUUUUCAUUACAUAAAAUAUGCUAUUUAUCAUAAAUAGCCUAUGUGUGGUUAACUUUUUCCUUUCCACUUUUUCUCCUAUUCUGGCAUUUUCAGCAUUCAGUAUGCCAGGCGGCAAAUACGUACGAGUCAGACCCUAUGUUGACAAUGACUAUGAUGAUGUUGAAGAAAAAGACUCAGAGAACGAGUCCGUUGUGUCCGAUGAAAGUGAAGGAGAGCUAGAGGGAUUUCAAUCAGACGGUUUAAAAGCAUUGCCGAAAAGAGUUUCCAAACGGACAGAGAAACGUGUUUCUCAGAAACACAGAAGAGAGAAGCGGGGCGAGCAAAGUUGGCUUGAUAGACUGGAACGUGGACAAGAGUGGCAUGUGCGUGAUACAUCACCUCCGCCAUGGCUCCGCCCGCAGAACGUACUAACACAGAGCUCGAGCCACCAGGAAACCAGCGCUUCUUCUCAGACCAAGACAGAUAACAUUGGGGGCAUACGUUGGGAUAUCCGUCCUUUUCCACAGGGCAUUCCCACCAGUAAGUUGUGGACUGAAUGGUGUCGGUUCAAAUCGAAUUUUGACAUUGCAACAGAUUUGAACAAUGUGAGUGCCAAUAAACGAGCGAAAUUGUUAUACCUUCUUAUGGGCGAUCAACUACAGGGCCUAAUCAAUGCUGCAAAACUCUGUCCAAGUUUCGAUGAUCCACAAUGCUACCCAACUCUAACGCAGAAUAUUGGCACAUAUCUACGAUCUCUGGUUGAUACGACAGCCGAACAUGAAGAGUUUACUCGCCUCAAACAGGAGCCGGGUGAGUCUGUGGUAACAUUCUACGCAAGAGUGGUAGGGAAAGCUGGCAUGUGCGGGUAUGGCAAUGAUGAGAACAGGUUCAUCCGUUCUCAAAUACUACAGGGAAUGAGCAACCGAGAUGUCGCCAAUGCAGCGAGAACGUACAACCAUGAUACCCAAACUAUCGUUCAAGCAGCCACUCGAGCUGAGGCAUUCAAUAUCAAUGCUGGCCCUUCCAAGCCGGAGGCAAGGUCGGAGGAUAUAAUGCACGUUGCAAGUACACCGCGUUAUCAGCAAGCAGGGCAGAAAAGAACAUCGUCAAGCGGAUGGAACUCGGAAGAUCGGAGUCGCGCAAAUGGGCCACCGAACAAGCGUAAAGACUACCAAGGCAGAUUCGUCGGGAAACACAACCGUUGUUUCCGAUGCGACCGUCCCAAGCACAAUGGGAAGCCUUGUCCAGCCCUCUACAGGAACUGCAACACGUGCAACGAGCGUGGCCACUUCUCUGUCACAUGUCGGAAGAAGCGGCUAAACAAUCUUGGUUUCUCAAGGGAAGUUGAAGAGCCCGUUAAGGACGAGCAGUUGAUCAAUUCGCUGUCACUAUCUGAUGUUCUAGUGAACUGUUGCGUAGGCUCAUCGGAACCAAUAUCAUUCUUAAUUGAUUCCGGUGCAGAUGCAAAUGUGAUCGGAGGUAAAGAUUGGGAGUGCUUAGAAACGCAGGUUAAAAAUGGCUCCGUGCAUCUAGAGUUCGCUGAUCGCACGGUUUACCCUCAUCUCAAAGCAUACGCCGCCGAUCAACCAAUGGCUGUUACAAAGAUUUUUUGGGCGAAGAUAGAGGUUAAAGGUUGUAGUAAGCCAGUAGUUCGAGCCAAAUUUUUGGUGAUUCCUAAGGGAGGUAGGUCGUUGUUGGCAGAGAUGGCAUUUCACCUUCCGAAGACUGCCUGGGAAACCAUCGCUCUUGAUUUCAAUGGGCCGUACGCCAAGUUCGGAGGAGUCUACAUCCUGGUGGUGGUUGAUUAUCGCUCUCGGUACAUAAUUGCCCGUCCUGUAAAAUCUACCAGUUUCGAGCAAACCAAAAGAGUUCUCGACGACAUCUUCGAAAGAGAGGGAUUUCCGGAAAGUAUGAAGAGCGAUAAUGGGCCUCCGUUUAACGGAGAUGAUUAUAGUCAGUUCUGUAAUGAAAGAGGAAUCAAGGCCAUUUUUUCAACACCACAUUUCCCUCAGCAAAACGGCAUGGUUGAGAACUACAUGAAAAUAAUCAACAAAGCUAUGGCUGUUGCUGUCUCUACCGGAUCGAACUACAAUGAGGAGUUACAAGCUGCCAUUCAAGCGCAUAACGCAGCUUCCCACACUGUAACGAAAGUUGCCCCCGAAGAAAUUAUGCGUGGAAGAAGGAUUAAACGUGGACUGCCACUCUUCAACCGAGACAGACCAGAUCACGAUGAUGACGCACUUAAUGAGAGAGACCGUGAAAUGAAGCUUAAAGCUAAAGAACGUGAGGAUAUCCGUCGGGGAGCUCGCAAAUGUCAGCUGAUGCCUGGAGAUACUGUAAUAGUGGAGCGACUAACCCGGACGAAAGGAGAUUCAAGGUUUGGAACACAACGUUAUACGGUCAUGCAACAAAACAAUGGGAAUCUUGUGCUCAGUGACGACGAAGGGCGGACUAUCAAACGCCAUGUCUCACAGACUAAGAAAGUGUUUGAAUGGCGGUCUCGGCCAGCUAAUAAAGAUACUCUGCCGUGGGAGCACAAGGACGGAAACCCGGUCCAAAGGGCUGCAAGGAACAGAAAGGCCCCUAGCCAUCUACAAGACUAUGUUUGUAUGGUAGAAGACAAUUAA